AUGAUGGAGAGCUGCUCCAGUCUAAGGGAAGCAGAGUACCCACAGGCCCCUCAUCCAGGGAGGGUCUCGGGAGGAAGUGACUGGUCCAUCGCCUCUACCACCCCAGCAGAGGAGCUCGCCUUGGUCUGUGAGGAGCAGCUCAGAGGAGGCCACCCUGUGUCAAUAGCAGACUUGUGUAAGAAGACAAAAGAGUUGGGGGAGUCGGACCCUAGGCAAAUGUUGCGUCACUGCGAUGCCUUCCUAAACGCCGCUGCAUGUGCCGUUGAGCUGACCUUGAUAGCGAGGCACGGUGCGGAGGUGAAGGACUCAGAACGAGUGCUGGACCUGGCCAACUUCCUGGCGACAUCUGCAACAGCCUUGGAUGAAUGCACGUCUAAGAGUAUCAAGACCUUCCUGAGGGCACUCCUUGUGUCGCUCUCUGAUCGGGAGUUCCGUCAUAAGCACUACGCGGACUGGCAACGGGCGAACAUGGCGGUGGUCACAGCCAUGAGUAACGCUGAGACGACGAUAGUCUACAAAGCUCUAUUGGAGUUGUCAAGAGAGGAUGAGCGUAAAGGGCAGCUGUGCGUCCUUAUCACUAGGUGCAUCGACAAGCUCAAUCGUAACUUGAAGAAUUACUUAGUACCUCAACAUCGUAAAGGAGAUCUCAUUGAGAGUGGGUCUAUGGGGGACAUCUCCCCGAGCGGCGCCGCCCCUGGUCCGAGCAGUGUUGCCUUUACCUCUGAUGACAGUAUCAAGCGCAUCGUGCAGACCGUCUGUCAGAUAGUAGGCUUCGCUGAAGUUGGGGAGUAUAUGGGAGUGUACGUGAACGAUUCUGAUGAGAGGCAGGGGUGGAAGAACCUCAUGCGGGACGCGGAGGAGCAAGGCCGCCGGAAUAGUAGACAUUGUGGAAGUGGAAGUCGUCAUGGCUGUCACUCAGGUGACGCGAACGGCUCUGAUCGACCGGUGGCUGGGUGA